CAAAUAGAUUGAGCGCGAAGUCACAAAUGCCAGAAAUAAAUUGUUUUCGGAGAAGGUGUGUGAGGUUGUCGGGACGUAGUGAAUUGUAAAAAGAAUAAUGUUGGAGAACAACGUGGUAGAUGUGAAAAACAUGUCUGAUGGUGGGGUCGAAGAAAUGUCCCAAACUGCAUUUGAACUUGAUGACAUACUACUCAACAAACAAUUUAUUUGUGAAGCUGUAACAAAGGUGAAAGAAAUGAAAAAAGACACAGAUUUGGAACUAUCAGAUUAUGUGGCAUCUGUUGCUACUCUUCAGGAUAUGAUUGACAUCAUUGAUGAUAUGGAGUGUCAGCAAAUUAAGGAAAAAAUUGAAGAAAUACUUCCACUGUUGAGGGCAGAGAGGGAAACAGCAAAAAUCUGUGCCAAGGAACUGUCUGUUACCUUGCAGAAACUGAUUGCUGUUGUUGAAGCACUGAAAGAACGCAAGUGAUUGGAAGAUGGCUGUAAUAUGGUUAGUUCUUUGUUAUUGAUAUAUAGUUCCAAGUUUCCAUUGACCUUUCUGGUUAACAAAAUAGUGGCUUCAACAAAUGCAGUAAUCAUUGUUAUGUAGUUGAUCCUGAUAGCUUCUUUCAAGAAAUAAUUCAUCAUUGAAGAAACAAUAUUAAGUGACUUCUCCAGAUUUCAAACAAUUGGUAUACUCGACUCGGCACACUUGCUGUAACCACGAGGAAGACAAAUUCUCCAUUCUCAACAAUGGAAAUGAAGCUGAAAGAAUACCUGCAAGUGAAAAAAAGUGUAAAUUCCAUAUCACUGCAACAGAAUGACUUACUGAGUACUGAAAUUUUGGAAGCUCUAUGAGGCUCUUUAUGGAUGAUGCUGUUGCUCAGAUGAGAAUGGGAAAUCAUGUUUUUCCAUCAACUAAAGCUGUAACUUAAGGUCAGCUUUCCAACACAGAUACACAAUAGUCAAUAACACUGUGCUGUAGCUGUGUGCACUUUCGCAUUUCUCAAAUCGACAUUCAGUUACAUUGUAUUGUUUCUCCAAUGACAAAUUGUUGUUUUCUUGUGGUGUGACACUUAAGUUCUGCAUACCUGCAAUUACAGAAAUACCUUGAAAGGAAGUGUGUCCUCUGGUAUUCCUCUCAAUAGAGGUAAAGAUUUACAAUGAAUGUUGACUAAUAAAUAUUUAUCUGAAUUCCCCCUUCUGUUAUGCACAAAGAAAGUUCAAUAAUAUGGUUUUCAGAUUAUAACAAUUCUAUUAAAAUUUUAAAAUUAAUAAAAAAAUAGCAAAUUUUAUUUUUUGGGUUGUAAGUGAUUUCUGUUAGCAUAUCACAGAAUUUGCUGUUUGUAGUAGGAUGUUACUAUUCUUAGUUUCUCCUUGCUGUUGAUCUUGAUUUGCUGUAAUAUAAUUUUAUAUCUGGAUUCAUUG